AGAAUUAGUCAUCAUCCAUUUAUAAAAUAAAAAAACUCCUUCCUUCAAUCAGUAUAAGCAGCCCGUCACGUUAUUUGCGUAUUUGUGUGGAUAAACCAUUAGCUGAAAAGCAAAUCUUACUCUUACCAAAAGAUGGCAGUCCAACCAUUAAACAUCCUUGACCCUUCUGAUAAAUUCAGACCAGAGAAAGACGAGAGUCUAUUCCGAGACUACACAAAUGACAACAGUUACUUCGAUAGAGUCAAAAGGGUUUAUUAUUCAAUGCAUACAACCCAAACGCUCCAAUUCGCCACUGAAAAAUUGCAAUUUUGGAGUAAACUAAAUAAAGCUCAAUUGCCAAUACUCCAGGCUCUAGAUUUGCUAAAUAAUCUUGUUGACGAUAGUGACCCAGACGUUGACAUUCCGAAUUCUGUUCAUGCCUUUCAAACAGCGGAAAGAAUCAGAGAAGUUCAUCCGGACAAACCUUGGUUUCAGCUAAUAGGCCUGAUACACGAUGUAGGAAAAGUACUAGCCCUCUGGGGAGAACCUCAAUAUUCUGUGGUCGGAGAUACAUUUCCUCUAGGGUGUGCCUUCUCCGAUAAAAUUGUCUUCGGGACCGAUAGCUUCAAAGAUAAUCCGGAUUUAAAUCAUUCAGUUUACAGGGAAAAACUAGGAAUCUAUAAAGAGAACUGUGGCUUAUCAAAUGUAAUUAUGUCUUGGGGGCAUGAUGAAUAUCUGUAUCGAGUACUACUACAAAAUGGAUCAAAACUACCGAAUGAAGCACUGCAAAUUAUAAGAUUUCACUCAUUUUAUCCGUGGCAUACGGAGGGUGAAUAUAUGCAUUUGUGCGAUGAGUCUGACAAACAUAGCCUAGAAUGGGUUAAAGAAUUCAAUAAAUUUGACCUCUACUCAAAGUCCGACGAAGUUCCUAAAGUUGAAGAAAUAAAACCAUAUUACGAAAGUUUGAUAAAAGAGUAUCUACCUCCAAUAUUGCGUUGGUAAAAGGAUCAAAUAUAUAGCUAGAAUAAUAUUCAGAAACAUUUUAAUAUGUAGUACAGCUAUAUUAUUAAAUAUCAUAUAUAAAUACAUAGCUAACUCAUUAAUAAGCUAUUCCUUUAAUUAUUGCAACACAUUGGUCCCUUUUGAAUAAAAAUCAACUGAAAGACUUA